CUCAGAACGACCCAAACUGCGGCACCAAGGAACCAAAAGUUGGCCCAACCAUACCAUUUAAACCACUUGCUGCUGACAAAUCUGGACUGGGUAUUGUUGGCGGCGUUGAGGCUCUGCCCCACGAGUACCCGUUUGCAGCAUCAAUUGGAAAGCUUCAUACAUUAGCUGAUAAUAUUACGCUUGGUUACCGCUCUUUGUGUACUGCGUCGAUAAUUCACCCACAGUUUCUCUUGACAGCAGCUCAUUGCUCAAACGUAGUAGAGAAUGAUAUGCCAAGAGCUGUUGUUGCUGCCCACAAUAUUAGCGCUCAGGCAGUAGGCGGAAAUGAAGCUCACAAAGUGAUGGCACUCAUUGAAAAGUUUAUUCCCCAUCCUAGUUAUGAAGAAAUUUCACAUUUAACAUAUGACAUUGCUUUAGUGAAACUGACUCAACCACUUGAUGUGUCUGGCAAUCCUGACCUGGGGACAAUUUGUGUUCCUCCACAAGAUACCAAAAUAAACGCUUACGUUGGGAACCUUACUACUGCUGUAGGCUGGGGCGACACUAAUAACUCAUCAGAAAGCGACGAGAUAUUGCGAAAGAUAGUUGGCAUGUCAGUUAUUCCAAUGAGCGUAUGUUCACAAAAGUUUGGUGGUAUAACAUAUGAUGAAGAAGACUAUUUGCUUUGCCUUUAUCUUGAAGGAAGUAGUAUUUGUAUUGGCGAUUCUGGAGGUCCUCUCAUGCUAAAAAUUGAAAACAGAUGGACUGUUGUAGGAGUGACUAAAUUCGUAUACUCUGGUUGUCCACAAAAAGACUGGCCGCAAG